GUGUGCAAUUACGUGCAAACACAACUCACAAACAUACACACACAGAACAUCUACAAAACCAUUUGUCUCAAACUUAAAAGAUCUAACAAACAUUCUGUACUUUUGUCAGUAAAGAGCAGAAAUCAAAAAGAGAAAAAAAUCCAAGAAUAUGGAUAGUACCCUUUGGAGUUUGGUAAUGAUCUUCUUAAUAGUAUUGGCUAUCAUCAUCAUUUUUCAUAGGAAAUUCAUAAUCAGCCGUAGAAUGAAAAGAUCAUCAUCAUCAAGCUCAUGUUACAGAAGAAACAUGAUUUCACUUCCUCUGGGUAAUCUUGGAUGGCCUUUUAUUGGAGAAACUCUAGAGUUCAUUUCUUGUGCCUACUCUCAUUCCCCGGAAUCCUUUAUGGACAAGCGUCGCCACAUAUAUGGCAAAGUGUUCAAGUCACAUAUAUUUGGAAGUCCAACCAUAAUUUCAACUGAUGCAGAAGUUAGUCGAGGUAUUCUACAAAGUGAUGCAAAGACUUUUGUGCCUUUUUAUCCAAAAUCACUAACUGAACUCUUGGGAAAAUCCUCCAUAUUGCUCAUCAAUGGAAGUUUGCAAAGAAGAAUCCAUGGCCUAAUUGGAGCUUUUUUCAAAUCACCUCAUGUUAAAGCUCGAAUUACACAUGACAUGCAGAAAUAUGUACAACAAUCUAUGGCUAACUGGCAAGAAAAUUGCCCAGUCUACAUCCAACACCAAGCUAAAAAUAUCGCUUUCCAAGUGCUAGUUAAAGCAUUGAUUGGGAUAGAUCCAGGUGACAAAUUGGAGCUUUUAAAGAUCCAAUUUCAAGAAUUCAUUGCUGGUCUUAUGUCUUUGCCUAUAAAUGUCCCUGGAAGUAGACUUUACCGCUCUUUACAGGCAAAAAAGAGAAUGGUGAAAUUGAUUCAAAAUAUUAUCCAAGAAAAGAGGGACAAGAAUAAUGUGUCAACAGAAAAUGAAGAUGUGGCUGAUGUUUUGCUAAAUGAUACAAGCGAAGAACUAACAGAUGAACUAAUAUCGGACAACAUGAUUGACUUGAUGAUACCUGGUGAAGAUUCAGUUCCUGUCCUUAUAACUCUUGCUGUAAAAUACCUUUCAGAUUCUCCUGCUGCUCUCCAACAAUUGACGGAGGAGAACCUGAAAUUAAAGAAGCUGAAAGAGAAGCAAGGAGAAACACUAGUAUGGAGCGACUAUUUAUCAUUACCAUUUACACAGAACGUGAUAUCAGAGACAUUAAGGAUGGGAAACAUAAUAAUAGGGGUAAUGAGGAAAGCAGUGAAAGAUGUGGAGAUUAAAGGAUAUUUGAUUCCAAAAGGAUGGUGUACUUUGACAUAUUUUAGAUCAGUUCAUCUUGAUGAUAAUCUCUAUGACUUCCCUUAUCAGUUUAAUCCCUGGCGCUGGCAAAACAAAGACACGAAUAAUUGUAACUUCACCCCCUUUGGAGGUGGACAAAGGCUGUGCCCAGGACUUGACCUUGCUAGGCUGGAAGCUUCUAUCUUCCUCCACCACUUCACUACUCAAAUCAGGUGGGUGGCUGAGGAGGAUUCAAUUAUCAACUUUCCCACAGUAAGAAUGAAGAGAGGAAUGCCUGUUUGGAUUAAAAGGAGAGAACAGUAGAAAAGAUCAUGCAACAACAUCAAUACUUUAGAAG